AUGAGCAAGCCGGCUCCCAAGACACGCCCCGCUCCUGCCAAAGUGCCCGGCAUAUACAAACAAGAUGCUGUUCGAGAUGUUGCCGAAUCAUUGAAUAUCACCAACCUUCCUGACGCGGUCGCGUCAGCUCUGGCCAGUGAUAUUGAGUAUCGAAUACAGCAGGUGGUCGAGGAAGCCGCACGUUUCAUGAGACAUGCAAAGCGGACAACACUCACUACCUCCGACAUCGACCAGGCCCUCCGCGUUCUGAACAUCGAGCCUCUAUACGGCCACUUCCCCCACAAUCCUCCAUCCUUCCGACGCGCCCUCCCUUUUCCACAGGUGCAGUCGGCAGGCUCCGUGUACUUCGUAGAAGACGAGGAGAUCGAGUUCGACCGCGUUCUGCGCGAAGAAAAGCUUACAAUGCCGAAAGGCGUUUCCUGGACUGCACAUUGGCUCGCUGUCGAAGGUGUGCAACCCCUCAUUCCCGAAAACCCCCCUGCCGCACCACGAGAAGUCGAAGGAGAUGCUGCAAAACAAGGCCCCUCUGCGUUCCCUCUCACACCACCUUCUGCCGACAGACCUUUGCAGUCUGGAAAGCAAACCCAGCAGCAACCCAUUCUCAUCAAGCAAACACUGUCCCGCGAGUUACAUCUGUAUUAUACCCGUCUCACGACUUCCCUUCUCCCAUCCGCCUCCGAACAGUCAAAACGAACGGCGGCCCUUGCAAGUUUGCGCAGUGACACCGGCCUCUCACCUCUGCUCCCCUACCUCGUCCAUUGGGUUGGCGAAGGAAUAGUCAGCACACUUAGGAGUGGCUCGCAGACGGAGACCGAUGGGAAGUUGUUGGAAGUGUAUCUGGAUGUCAUUGGAGCGCUGCUGGACAACCAAACGCUGGGGGUGGAACCAUUCCUUCACCAACUGCUCCCUUCCGUUUUCUCCAUCCUCCUAUAUUCAACGCUCCCCCCUUCUCAUGCGACACAUCUCCGGAUAACCGCCGCACAAAUCGUCGCUCACCUUCUCACCCACUACUCCAUGACGUACCCAAGUCUCCCCAUCAAGGUAGUAAAGACACUCAUCGUUGGCCUGAUCGAGCACAAGAAAACACGGGCUACGCAUGAGGGUGCCAUCCGUGGUCUCAUGGCAAUCGGAAAGGAGGCGGUGCGUUUAGGCCUCGUGAGCCGUGAGGGCGCAAAGGUUGUCGGGGAGAAGUGCAUGCCGGGAGAAAGCAGUUCUCUGGUAGAGCUGGUAAUGGCGGGGUUCAGGAUGCUAUAUCCGCCAUCAGCACACCCGGUGCCUCUGAAUCCCUACUCAGAGGCGGACCGAGCCGUCAUCGAACAGCUGCAAUCUACCCUUGGCGACUUCUUCGCCGACGCCGUCCAAGGCGAUUCCGUUUGGGCCCGAGGAAUUCUCUCCGACGACGCCGCCGUGCUGCUAUGA